AUGGUGGCAGAAGACGUCCUUGAUAGCUGCCUGCGUCUCCUUCAGGAUGUCUCUCUCGAUGAAGAGGAGCAGGCGGAGAAGGUGGAGGAUUUUCUGCGCGAAAAGACAUCUUUGACAGGCUCCUCUAUGGAGAAUGCGGUGCUUGACAUCCUCUGGCGCCAUCGAAAUCGUUCCGUGCCGGAUUCCUCUCCUCCUUCGCGACACACCAUCAUCCGCCGAUCGUCGCCUGCACCAUGGCAGAUGGCUCGUUCGUCCACUCCCCUGUCACCGGCAUCCAACCUGGGAACAAGCCCCGGCAGUACAUCCUGGCUACACAGUUCCCGUGGGAACUUUUCCCGGGCCCCUCUCUCCGCGACCGUCUCGCCGUUCUCCUCCCCGCGUCCGUCCCCCAGACUUGCCCUGGCUCAGCCGAUCCCCCAUUCCCCGAACUUGAACGCAUACGAAUUUUCCGAUCAAACCCAAGCGUCGGAUUACUUCUACGAUCUUGGCAGUGACAGCAAUGUGGAUUGGCUGGUGGCCGAUGAUGCAAACAGUACUACUUCCUCCAUUGGGACUCUCAGUGCCACAGCUCCCGAAUUUGUACCCGACAUGAGCCCUCACGAUAUUCUCCGGACGGUGCUUGGCGACAAGAGAUCUAACGACGACAUCGAAACGGCCUUGGAAGCAAAUAGUUAUGACCUGGGUGCGACGAUUGCCUCGCUGACCCAGAAUGACGGAGAAUCAUUUUCGAAUCAAUCAGACGAUGGUCGUAUUGUGGUGGGGAAAUCUAUGGCGAUGGAACAGCCCCAGUUAGUCACCUCUACGUCGCAGAACCGAAGUCCUGUAGUCUGCAAAUACUGGCUGUCGACCGGGCAAUGUCUUCGUGCUGAUUGCCGGUUUAGUCAUGAUUUAACCUCCCACGUUUGCAAAUACUGGGUAAUGGGCAAUUGCCUAGCCGGGGAUGGAUGUCCAUUUUCGCAUGACCCUUCAGCUCUCAUUUCUAACAUCAGUGUGCAAGACGAGAACCAACAAUUCAACGCUAGCUCAUCAUUUCCCGUUGACAGUGCUGUAGACGCUUUUCCUCCUUUACAGUCAUCUGCGGGAAUGGGUGACCCAUGGGCAAAUCAAUACACGGGCAAAUAUCCAGCUCAUCUUUCGGGAAUGGCAGGCAGUAGAGCUGGUUCACACCUACAAGUCCAUGGUGGCAGGCGUAAUGGAAGCAUGGGCAAUGUUUCUCGCCCUCACUCGCGCCCAACCAGUCGACAACAACAUCGCGAGCUGAAUCCGGGUGCUCCGUCAGUUGAUGAUCCCGAUGCAUUUCCGACUCUUGGUGCAGUGACUGCAAAGAACGCAGGGAAGAAACAUGGGAAACGAAAUGUCCGAGAGUACCAGCCUGGAAGGGAACACCACCCGACCUCCCUUGCGGAUGUCGUACGCAUGUCCCCAUCUCCUGCACCUGGAAAAGGAAAACCUUCGUCCAGAAAUGGUCGAGAUGGGUACAAGAGCCGUGAGAACAGUGCAGCUGCUCAGUCCAUCCCAGCCCCACAGAACAUUCCCUGGUUGGAGACUGGUUCGCGAGCCAACCAGCAGUAUAUCAAGUAUCGUACUGAGGCUAUUCGUCAUGGCACAGUGAGAAACAAGUUUCUUCAGAGUGCGGCACAAGCCUGGAAUCGAAACGACGCCAGGGCUGCAAAAGCUCUGUCUCUUAGGGGCCAGGCAGAAAACGAAGCCAUGCGGAAAUGUCACCGUGAGGCAGCACGGCAAUUAUACGAAGAACGCAACAAACAUUUGCUCACGAUGGGACUUGAUGAAACUACCGAGGAACUCUACGUCGACCUGCAUGGCCUUCACCCAGAGGAGGCUAUCGAGUAUCUAGAAAAGAUUCUACUCAAACACGCUCGUGAGGGCUGUCGUGUCUUGUAUGCCAUUACAGGUACCGGUCACCAUUCAAAGAAUGGAAAGGACAAGAUUGGUAAGGCAGUCAAGACAUGGCUCAACGAGUGGCGGUACCUGUUCCGUGAGUUUAGCGUCCCUGGUGAACGAGGCGGGUACGUCGGUGGUAUUCUGGGCAUUGAUCCUACUAGCUACGACAGGUCACUCGCCAAGAGUCUUGAAGAGGCGGCAAAGGACGACGACAAUCGGAAUCAGCCCACCAUAUCUAUUGGCAAAAUCCAGCUUCUUAGACGCGAAGAUCUGGAGCCGCAGACCAACUAA